AUGAAUGUGGACUUUCCCAGCCAAGCAUCUCGGACUACCCUGCCAAAACAUGCAGCCGCCAACUCUGAGCAGCGACCGCUGGAGGGACACUUCAAUAUCCAGCCCUCUAUAGACUGGCUCCAGCACGCCAUGGGGUACUUCUUCAAGAACUUUGUUUACACCCCCAGUCCCGAUGGAUUGGGCUAUCUCCAGUUCCUCCCAGACCUACUAUCGACCCAGACGAACAAUAUCUGUCUGCGAGACUCAUUGAAUGCCGUGGCCAUGACGAGCCUCGCAAAUGUCUCAAGCACCAGCAUUCUUCAUUUCAAGGCCGACCAACUCUAUAGCAUAGCCUUGAGGUCCAUGGGCGCGGCGCUUCAAUCGUGUUCUGGCCAGGAUGACGCUGCGAUACUAGCAGCUGUUUUCUUAAUUCAGAAGCGAGAGGCAUUGAGUGGUAACGUGAAUGCUAUGAAGCCGCACGAAACGGGUCUGGUCCAACUCUUGCGAGUGAGAGCCCCAAGGAAGCCUCAAAGUGAGCCAGAGGCUGGCUUGUUGUGGACAAUACAUGCCCGAUUGCAAGUACGAAGUAUGGAUGGUGGCAAAUCUUGCGCUGAUGGCUUGGACGCGCUCGACCUAGCCAAUGGACCUCAAAGACCACUUCAAUCGGGUUUAAAUCACAUGUACGGCAAUGUGUCCAAGUUCUGUCGAGACAUGAAGCGGCUGGCCAAGUUGAACACGGACGGGCUGUACAGUUCAUCCUCCCUAAUUGAACUCACGAGAGCUCUUGAUAUGGCCUUUGAAACUGAAAGAGAGCUCGCAGCAUGGCCGUCGACCCUUCCACCGGAGCAAAUGCCCCGACCGGUUGAACUUACGUCAGGCGAAAUAUCCCCUGAACUGAGAUUUAUGAGCAAGCUAUACACCUUUCCCGGGAUUCAAGACGGGUGUCGAUGGUCAGUGUACUGGACUAGCCGUAUCCAGCUUUUAGGGGCAAUCAAUGAAGGCCUCGAUCUGGUAUCCCGGACGGGAAUGUGGUAUAACUCACCUUUAUCCCGGGAAGCCAUCAACUUUGGCAUGCAGUCGGCUGCAGACUCGAUCUGCUCCACUGUGCCCUUCAUGAUAGGGGAGGUUGACCCCGAAGGGCGCCCAUUGCUUGGCCAAAGAGGUCAAGCCUUGGGAGCAUACUUUACGACGCGAUUUAUUCACAUCGUCAAUGAAGUUCCUUUCCUCCCGAAGCAGCAGCGAUUAUGGACCUUAGACUGCCUGCUCAAGCUUGGCCAGCCUGGGCAUUUGGUCCUAGCUCAUGAGGGGGCUAAUGGAAGAAAAACAAUCUUCUUCUUCCAAGAAAAUAACCCCAGCGCCCUGAAUGAGAAAGGUAAUACACCAAGUGUACAAGGGAAGCUUACUGGCUUAGAGAGAUAA